GCGGAGGCCCAGGAAGUGACGGCCCCGCCUGCGGACUUUUGGAGUCGGUGAGAUCUGCACCGCCAGGUCUGUGGUCGUUGUGUUCCUGGGCCCUGGGAGAUGGAGAACGGAGCCGUAUACAGCCCUACCACGGAGGAACACCCGGCCCCUGCCAGGGGCGCCCGGAGCGGCCUCGCCGCCUACUUCUUCUUGGGCCGGCUCAAGUUGCAGCAGCGUGUGCUCAAACUCUUGCAGCUGGUGCUGUCUCUGCUGGCCUUUAUCUGUGAAGAAGUUGUAUCACAAUGCACUUUGUGUGGAGGACUUUACUUUUUUGAAUUUGUAAGUUGCAGUGCCUUUCUGCUGAGUCUCCUUAUACUGAUUGUGUACUGCACUCCAGUUUAUGACAGAGUCGAUGCCGUCAAAGUGAAGUCAUCGGAUUUUUAUAUUACUGUGGGGAUAGGACUUUUGUUUUUGUUGGCGUCCAUCAUUUUCGUUUCCACACAUGACAGGACUUCAGCUGAAUUUGCUGCAACUGUGUUUGGAUUUCUAGCAAGUAUUAUGUUCCUGUUGGACUUUCUCAUUAUGUUCUAUGAAAAACGACAGGAGUCCCAGCUGAGAAAACCUGAGCCAACCACUAAAACAGAGAACGUCACCGAGCCACUUAAUGCUUAAAGACUCUAGGGAGCAGGUGUUGUGUAAGGUAGCGACUGCGAGGUACCUGAGCCUCAGCAGAAGCUCUUGGUGCAUUUUAUGUAAUUGUUAAACCUUGCACUUCUUGGGAAGAGCAAGGGGAGGGGCAGGAAGACAGUUUUAUCAAUAUUGGACUGUGUAUCAGUCACCACAAAUUGGGUCAGAGAGUUUUUGUUUUUAUAAGAGUUGAAACCUGUAUCAGAUGAAAUUUCUUUUCUUUUUUUUUUUUGUUUAUGUUUUUGGAAGUGAGAGCAAUUGUUUUCUUUAAGCUUAAUUGGUGACAAAUUAUUCUGUCAUUGUUACUAAGCUUAGCUUUCAAAUUUUGCUUUAUAGCUGUAUAAACAGCAUGAUUAAGUUCAUUUAGAAAUUGUUUCAUUUUUAAGUUAAUUUGCUAAGCUAUAAGUUUUUUUUAUGAUUAGAUAAAAUUUAUAUUUAAAUUCUUCAAUAUUUAAAAUAUUGGUGUAGAUUUUUUCUUAAAAAAUAAUACCAACGCUUUAUCUCACUCAGCCUUAAAAUUAUGCUGUAACAUUUUAGAAUAAUAUUAACUCUUUUAUAACCUAAUAGAAAAUGUAUAGAUGUUGAUAUUUUAUAUGUAGAAAAGCAGCACCUUCAGCAACCCCAUGUUUAUACUGCACUUUGAUUGUCGAUAUCAAGUAAAAAAAAAGAUUUGUAUAUAACACAUAGAAAAAUGGAAGAAAUUGAUAUCAUGCCUAAGGACCAAAGAUAAGAAAGAUAUUCUUUUGUGCAGUACAGUGAAAUUAUAAAAGCAGGCUUCAACCACCUUCCAAGUGUCUGACAAGAUGAGUUCACACUGUGAGUUAGAAAAUGGUUCAUUCUCCUGUCGGCAUAUGAUUAUUUCUAGUGAAAUUAAGACAACUCUCCAGGUCUUCGUUAGUGUUUUCUUUGGAGCCAGUCAUCUUUUUAAAACCCCAGCCUUUGAUUUUCACCUAUUUGAGAUGCUUCACUGUCAGGCAGAGGUGGGCCUCUGGCUCUGAUUCUUUUUUGUUGGCAGUUGUCUUUCCAGAAUCUUGGACCCUUUUAAUUGCAUAGUGUGUUAGCAGGAUCUCUAGGAUCUUUGUUCCCAAAGAGGCACUGCUCUAGUUUCUCUUUGGAGGGGACCUUCUUAAGAAAGAGAAAACUAGAGAAUCCUGUCGAGGUUAAUACUAUGAUGGUAUAAGGGAGCAGUCAAACCAUUGUCAAGAGAUACUGCAUAACCAGUUCUGAUAAUUUGGAAGAAUCGUUGCUGGCAGGCUGCCUUAGAGCCAGCCAGACAAGGCACUUGGGAUAGAACCUUUCUGAUCAAGUGGUUCACAGAGUUGAUCUUUCUUGUCCUCCUCCAAGAUUUUUGACUCAGGACUGGUGUUACAGCGCUGAACCCAUGCGUCAAGUCCGUCAGGACUUUGGUGGAGGUCUCCUGGGCUAGGCGGCCAGCUUUUCCAUCAGAAAGAGUGGAAUCAUGUUUCCAAUGAGACAGCUUAAUGACCCCAUCCUUUUUUAAUGUCUCAUCUGCCUUUUGUGGCUAAUGCGGGUCUCAAAAAUUGGUCAUUAUGGCCAAACAUAGCUUCUACUCUGUCUCACUGACUCAGGACCUUAUUCAUUUGUGUCAGAGUCUGGAUGCUAGUGCGAGUGGUGAUAUCACCACUACCUGCUUGGGAGAUAAUGACACUGAUCACAGAUGCUGUUUUUACUGGAAGUGCCAUUCAGGAGAGGAGGAAGAGUCUGGGUCUUGGGUUCAAGAAUAGAAUAUCAUCUAGACCCAGCUGGGAUUCACAGCAAACCAUCUGGGCUACCUCAGCGCCUGUAGCAUGCUUUGGGUCUGGUUGAGUUGAUGGCCAUGUCUUCAGCUGGCCUCUCACAUAUAGCUUGUUGGCAUUGAGCUUAAGCUCUAGUUGUUCUGAGAUUUCACUUCCUAGUGUUUCAUUGGUGUAGAAGUGGGUCUCUUUGCUGACCACUCAGUCCUUUCCUUUUCAGAAAGAUAAUAUAUUCACUGGUAUUUUUGGUCACUCUAGAACCUUUCUUCACACUAUUUUUUAUGGAGACCCAUGACUGAUUAGCCUCCCUCUUCUAUUGUAGAAGGACUUCGGAGUAAAGAGACCAUUGUGGUAAAUAAAACGUUCAAGGAGAACCUGGGGCCAAAACUACUGUUAUGUACAGAAAAAGGCAAACUCAAUAAACUCAAAUUUAAAAUAAUUUUUGUUAACAUCUAUAGUAAAUUUAAUGUUAUAUUUUAUACAAAUAAACUGUUUAGAGUGGUUCUUAAAAAUUAUAAGGGAAACAAUACAAAAAUAUAUAAUUGCUAUACUUAAAUUAUAUUCUGUUUUGGGGACUGGGAAAUGUAUUUUUACAUUGUUUAUAGCCAAUCGUUUUUGUAUUUAUCAGUUUAAAUCCUGUGGGUCUUUUUUUAUCUCUCUCAAUGUCAAAUUUUUUAGUCUUUAAAUAAAUCCAUAUUACUGUCCA